GUCAACGUCUCUAGUUACCAUGGCAGCCAGUCUCCAUGGAGACAGAAAACGACAACGCCAAAGGUUCGAACUCUAUUAUGGAAUUUCUCGGAGUAUCAUCUUACCAAAACUUGCAGGCUUUGUCUGCGCUGUUAUCAACUCAGCAGGAGGAAGAUGAGGAUGAAGACUGUAAACAAAAUGCAACAGCCUAUGGACAGCUUGGUCCUGGACAAAUUGGCCCCCCUCCUAAAAAAGAAAAAGAAGUGUCUACUGCCUACACAAAGAAAAACAGUAAAGAUAUCUGGAGCGAGGAGGAGGUUGCUGAAGGCUCUCAGUAUGACGAUCUGGCUGACCUGAGACCACAACCUGAGUAUGAAAUUAUCCUGAAGCAGAGUGUUGGAACAGAGGAUUUGUUCCUGGGCUUAAGCCAGAAGGACCCAUCUUCAAUGUGCUGUGAAGCCAUGCUGGUUAAAAUAAAGCUACCCGACACAAAGACAAAAGAUGUCUUCUUGGAUUUAAAGGAAAAGUACCUGGAUCUGCGGACUCCAAAGUAUAAACUGGGUCUCCAUCUGCCCCAUCCCAUCCAGAAUCAAGAGGCCAAGGCUCAGUUCUUUAGCGACAGGCAGGAACUGGAGGUGACUCUACUGAUGAAGUGACCCUUGGACUUUAUCAACAUACAGUAAAAGAAGGAUAAAGGAAUUAUUUCAACUUUAAAGAUAAGCAAACAUCUUGGUGGGAAAGUUAGGAUUGCACACACUGGCUUGUUUAGUGCCUGAAAACAGUGACGGAAGUAAAUCCAAUUUAUUUCUAUAAAUUUUAAUUAAAUCUGGGCUCUUUUCCAUAUGCGAUCUCUGACUUCUUAAGAAAAAGUUAUAAUAAAUGUUUUCUGUGCAUCAGUA